AGGAGGGGGCAUCCCAGUAGUAUUUCUUUAGCAGGGGGGCUUGGAAGUCAUUGAGUCUCCUUGCAGUCUCACUCAGUCAGCUCCUGGUGAGCCAGCCUUAAGAUGCCAGAACCUGUAAAGAAACCAGCUUCUGCAUUCAUCAAGAAGCCAAAGACAACAGAUGUCGUCGCAGGAGGUGUUGCUGUUUUUGAAGCAGAGACAGAGAAGACAGGUAUCAAGGUGAAGUGGCAGCGAAAUGGAAUAGAAAUCGCUGCAAGUGACAAGUAUGUCAUCAAGUCAGAGGGGAACAAACACUCACUGACCAUCAAUAGUGUCGGAAAAGAGGAUGAUGUGACAUAUGCUGUCAUUGCCGGAAGUUCGAAGGUCAAAUUUGAACUCAAAGUCAAAGAACCAGAAAAGGUAGAAGAGACCCCUCCUCCUCCUGAACCUGCUCCUCAACCAGCUGUUUCAGAUGCACCUAAAGGAGCAGAUACUUCUCAGCCAACUAUCUCAAAUGAACCUACAGGUGAUAGCAAGAGUUCAGAAGUUCUUCCUACAGAAGCCCAGCAAGAGGCACCUGUGGAUCCUAUUGGUGUCUUUGUGACUCGGCCACAAGAUGGAGAAGUGACUGUUGGUGGGAACAUUACAUUCACUGCCAAAGUGGCAGGCGAAAGCCUCCUGAAGAAGCCUUCUGUGAAAUGGUUCAAGGGCAAGUGGAUGGACCUGGGAAGCAAAGUGGGGAAACACCUCCAGCUUCAUGAGAAUUAUGACCGAAAUAACAAGAUUUAUGUCUUUGAAAUGCAAAUCAUUGAAGCAAAAAUGGCUUACGCAGGAGCAUACAGAUGUGAAGCAGCUACAAAGGACAAGUUUGAUAGCUGUAAUUUUAGCCUCGUUGUCAAUGAGGCACCUGCAGCAGGGGAGAUGGACUUCCGCUCAGCACUCCGACGUGGGAGCAUGGUGGGAGGAGGGAGACGGAUGACUGGAGCUUUCGCCAGUGCGGAUGGACAUGAAGAAGGCAGAGAGUUGGAUUUCAGUGCCUUGCUGAGAAAGAGAGACAGCUUCUUGCGCUCAGUACAGCGAAUUGAGGCAAAAACUGAAGCACAGCCAGAUGUUGAUGUGUGGGAAAUCCUCCGGAAAGCUCCUGCAUCAGAAUAUGAGAAAAUUGCUUUCCAAUAUGGUAUCACAGAUCUGCGAGGUAUGUUGAAGCGUCUCAAGCGCAUGAAGAAGGAGGAGAAGAAAAGCACAGCCUUUGCCAAGAGACUGGAACCUGCCUACCAGACUGACAAAGGACAGAAGAUCAAAUUAAUGGUGGAACUUGCUAACCCAGAUGAUGAAGUGAAAUGGCUGAAGAAUGGGCAAGAGAUCCAAGUCAGCGGCGGCAAAUACAUUUUUGAGGCUCUUGGGAACAAGAGGAUUCUGACCAUCAACCACUGCUCACUGGCUGAUGAUGCAGCAUAUCAGUGUGUGAUUGGAGAGGAGAAGACUUUCACAGAACUCUUUGUCAGAGAGCCUCCUGUCUUGAUUACUCAUUCUCUGGAAGACCAGGUGGUCAUGGUUGGUGAAAGAGUGGAGUUUGAAAUUGAAGUGUCAGAAGAAGGGGCUACUGUGAAGUGGGAGAAGGACGGAGUGGAGCUGACCCGGGAAGAAGCAUUCAAAUACCGUUUCAAAAAGGAUGGAAAAAAGCAUUACCUCAUCAUUAAUGAAUCCACCAAGGAGGAUAAUGGUCAUUACAAAGCAAAGACUAAUGGUGGGGAGUCUGUUGCUGAAUUGAUCGUGCAAGAGAAGAAGCUGGAGGUGUACCAAAGUAUCGCAGACCUGACGGUGAAGGCAAGGGACCAGGCUGUGUUCAAGUGUGAGGUUUCUGACGAGAAUGUGAAAGGCAUUUGGCUGAAAAAUGGGAAGGAGGUGAUUCCAAAUGAGCGGACUAAAAUCUCUCAUAUUGGCAGAAUCCAUAAACUAACCAUUGAUGAUGUAACUCCAGAAGACGAAGCUGAUUAUUCUUUUAUACCCGAAGGAUUUGCAUAUAAUCUCUCAGCCCAUCUUCGUUUCUUGGAGGUUAAGAUUGACUUUGUGCCUAGACACGAACCUCCCAAAAUCCGCCUGGACUGCAUGGGCCAGUCUCCUGACACCAUAAUUGUGGUGGCUGGAAACAAGUUGAGACUUGAUGUACCCAUAUCAGGAGAUCCAGUACCCACAGUGAUCUGGCAGAAAGUAAACAAGUUCAGGGCUAGACAACAUGGUGCCUUCCAGAUGUUUCCCCACUCUUCCUGUGUUUUGUGUCUCUUCCAGAACAACGAGCUAGUGCUGCUAAGUGACCCAUCCAAAGAUAUUACAGGCACAGGUGGAGAUUUAAAUAACGACAACAAGGUCUUCUCUGAUUCUGAAGGCCGAGUCCGUGUAGAGAUGUAUGAAGACCAUUGUGUGUUCACCAUUGAAGGAGCUGAGAAGGAAGACGAGGGAGUCUACAGAGUUACGCUUAAGAACCCAGCAGGGGAAGAUACAGCUGAUAUCACCGUCAAAGUGAUUGAUGUACCUGACCCUCCUGAGGCUCCCGAAAUCACUAAUGUUGGUGAAGAUAACUGUACAGUGCAGUGGCAGCCUCCAAAGUAUGAUGGAGGACAGCCAGUACUGGGCUACAUCUUAGAAAGGAAGAAGAAAAAGAGCUACAGGUGGAUGAGGCUGAACUUUGACCUUCUAAAGGACCUGUCAUAUGAAGCGAAGAGAAUGAUUGAAGGAGUUGUGUAUGAGAUGCGAAUUUACGCUGUCAACUCGGUUGGUAUGUCCCGGCCCAGUGCUGCCUCACAGCCCUUCAUGCCAAUUGCUCCUCCAAGUGAGCCAACGCACUUCACUGUAGAAGACAUUUGUGAUACUUCUGUUACUUUGAAGUGGAGGCCCCCUGAACGAAUUGGAGCAGGAGGCUUGGAUGGCUACAACAUUGAGUACUGUAAAGAAGGAUCCACAGAAUGGAUCCCAGCACUUCAUGGCCUGAUUGAGCGCACCUCUGUCCUGGUUAAAGAUUUGGUCACAGGAGACAAACUUAAUUUCCGCAUCACUGCUGUAAACCUGGCAGGUGCAAGUCAGCCAGCUGUUACAAAAGAGCCAGUUACCGUCCGAGAGAUCUUGCAGCGUCCCAAAAUCUGGUUGCCACGCAAUCUCCGACAGACUUUAAUGAAGAAAGUGGGCGAUACAAUCAACAUUGUCGUUCCUUUCCAGGGAAAACCUAGACCUAAAGUUAUCUGGACAAAGGAUGGUCAGCCAAUAGACUCUAAGGAGGUGGGAAUUCGAAACAGCAAUACAGACACCAUUCUCUUCAUCCGAAAGGCUGAGCGCCACCAUUCUGGAAUAUAUGAAGUAGAGGUGCAAAUAGAAAGCAUGAUAGAUAAGGCUACUGUUACCAUUCAGAUAAUGGACAAGCCUGGUCCUCCUCAGAAUGUAAAGAUUGUGGAUGUGUGGGGAUUCAAUGUUGCGCUGGAAUGGAAACCACCCCAGGAUGAUGGCAAUGCUCCAAUCACAGGAUACACUGUCCAGAAGGCAGACAAAAAAACAAUGGAAUGGUAUACGGUUUUUGAGCACUAUCGGCGCACUAAUUGUGUAGCAUCAGAUUUGAUCAUGGGAAAUGAGUACUAUUUCCGGGUCUUCAGUGAAAAUCUGUAUGGGCUGAGUGAAAAUGCUGCCAACACCAAAAAUUCUGCCUACAUUAAAAAAACAGGCACAGAUUAUAAACCCCCCAACUACAAAGAACAUGAUUUCUCUGAAGCACCAAAAUUCACUCACCCUCUUCCAGAUCGCUCCGUGAUCUCUGGGUACAAUGCUACGCUCAGCUGUGCUGUAAGAGGAAGCCCAAAGCCAAAAAUCUUCUGGUUCAAAAACAAAGUGGACCUUUCUGGAGAUGCCAAAUACCGCAUGUUUAGUAAGCACGGAGUGUUGACUUUGGAAAUCCGGAAGCCCAGCCCAUUUGAUGGAGGCCUCUACACUUGCAAGGCUGUGAAUGAAUGUGGUGAAGCUGAAAUAGAGUGCCGGCUGGAUGUCAGAGGUAAUAAGGAGGAUGCCACACACUCAGUACUCUAAGCUUAAGCAAAAAAA